AUGUAGCCAAUAAUAAGAAUGAAUUAAAAGUAGGAGUUAUAAAGAGAUCAGCAGAAUGUCAUGUAAUAAAGUAGUUAAAACUUCUAUUAAAUGUAUAAUGGGUAGUAUCAACAAUAAAAUUAUCACAGUUAUACAUUCUAAAAUUAGUAUGCUAGGUAGUAAUUCUAACCUUAACCAUCAAUAAUAUACUAUUCUUAUCCAGUUUUAUACAAUCCAAUCUAAUAUUGCACAAGCAGAAUGUAUGCAAACUAAUAAGUAUGCUAUCCUGAGUAAAAUAUUUGCAAUGAUUUCUAAUCAAACCUAUAGACAGGGACACAACAUAUAGAUAGUUAGAAUGAAAUGAAAACUUUUAUACAAAGCUAAAAAGAUUCAAGAUACAAUUUUAUGUGCGAAGCAACAUAAUAAGAAUAAAAAACAAUAGGAUUAAAAAUAAAUUAUGAAUAAGAAGACUAGAUCGGUUAAAAAAAACAAAAUUUUUAAAUCGAUUAAAGAUAAAAUGAAGUUUUUUCAAAAGAUGAGACAAACCAAUUAACUCAAAAAGCAAAAUACAAUGAUUUUAUAUGUAAAGAUAAUGAGCACUUUAGUAACAACGUAUUUGAUGAUAAAUAGCAGAAUUUUAGAUAUGAUGCUGCAAAUUAUACAAAUAAUGAUCGUUAAUUAUAAAAGUAAAAGAAAUAGCUCAAAUAAUAAUAAUCUGUAAAAAUAAUAAUAAAAGAUGAACAAAAACUCAUAAAGAGUAAUUUAAAAAAAGAGUUUUCUACUAAAGAGGAAUAAGAUGCUAAAGAUGAACAGCAAAAUACAAUAUAUAAUAGAUAAAUUAGUCAAUAACAGCUUAUGAGUAGUAAAUAAUCAAUUAAUUCCUCUUAAGAAAAGGUUAGUAUUUACAACAAAUUUGAAAAAAGUGAUGAGGAUGAUUAAGAUAACUAAGAAAUUUAAAAAGUACAAGGUUAAUCAACCUUAUUUACACAAAGAGAUGACUUAGAUUAAUCAAAAAGCUAUUAAAUUAAUUCAUACAAUUAUGAGAAUUUUUAGUUAAAUGGAAGCUAAUAAAAUCAAGCCUCUCCUAAAUUAUAAUUAAGUAUUAAAAACAAUAAAAAAGAAUCUAAGAUAUUCAAAUUAUCUUAUCAAAUAGAAAAUUUAGAAAGAGGAGAAAAAGAUAAAAGUAUCAAUGAAUUUUUUAAACAUAAACUUUAGAAAACAAAUACAAUAAAAGAAGACCUAGAGCAUUCAAAUAAAAUUUUUCUUGAAAAAGAUGAAUUUGUUGAAUAAGAAAUUAGUAAUGAUAGUAAUGAUUAUAGCAAUCAUUAUUAUAUUGAUGCAAAAGAUAAUUCAGGGCACCAAGCAAGCUUGACCUAAUCAAAAAAAGUAUUUAAAUCUAUGAAAGAAAAAAGAGAUGCGACCAAUUAAAUUUUGUCAAAGUAAAUAGAUAAACAUAUUAAUGAUUAAAAAUAAAACUUAAUGGAUCAGAUUAGUAUAGAGGAAAGAGAUAUUGUAAAAUAAGCUUUAUAAAUUAACAGAUAGAAUGCUAACAAAAAUAUUGUUAAAGCUUUUUAGAAAAGUGUAAAUGAGACAUUGACUCACACAUUUGAAUACAAAAAGAAAGAUUCUAGUAGUUACUACUAUAAAAUAUGUAAAGACGAGGAAGUAAUAAGGAAUGAAAAUCCAACUUAGUUAGAAAAAAUUUAGUUUUUGAAAAAAUUUAAUAAAUUUAUUUCUACGAAAUCAUACACUAACUUGCACAUAUAAUAGAUUAUAAGCAAUCGUAUAUAUGGAUAGAUACUUUUCAAAGAAUUUCUAUAACACCAAUCCUUUGAAUGGCUCGAAAAAGCUAAUGUCAGUAAUAAAAAUUAGUAUAGUUUGAUUUUAAAUUUUUACAAAAUGUGCUGUGCAAAUAUUUAAUUGUUAGAUUUCUUAAAUGAUAUAAAUAUUAUCUAAAAAUCGGGCAGAUUAUCUAAAUUUUAAAAAAAUUCUUAAAAAUCUCUUCAAAAAUCUUGCGAAACUCAAAUCUGUGAUAAUGAAAGUGAGCAUCUAUAAAUUGAUAAUUGCAUAUGA